AUGGCUUCAGGACAGCGUCUGUCAGAAGUUCUUAGGAGAAAACGUAGAACACUCAUUAAUAUUCUGAAACAGCAACCGAACAUUGUCCUUGAUGAGUUGGAUGCGAUGCUCACCUUCACAGUGGAUGAGUAUAAUCAGAUUGAUGGGAUCACAGACUCCAAGGAAAAGAUCAGAAUACUUAUAAAUACUGUGGUUCAGAAGGGAGAGGAGGCUUGUGAGAACUUUCUCGGGGUUCUGCAAAGUUUACAGAGUGAACUGCCAGGAGCGGAUAAAGUAUUGGUUGGCUUUAAUCUUAGAGUAAGAGGUGAAUCUUGCUGCACUACUGCAAAUGGGACUCCUGCUGCCAAGAUGGACUUGCUCAAUCAAGAAGAAGAAGAAAAUCGUCAAAGAAUUGGAAAAGGAGCUAAGGAAUUUCUUAUGUCAAACAAUUUUCAGGAGGUGCUUUCCAAGCUGAAACUGGAGAAGUACUUGAGAGAGAAACUUUCUUUAAGCAAAAUUCUUGAAAUUGGCCCAGAAACCAUAGUGUGUGCAAAGCCACAAAGCUUGGAAGAAGUUCCAUGGUAUUUUCUAAAGAAACUUAUGAUUCUCAACUUGACGGCCAGAAAUAUCAGAUGCUUAGCGGAUGUUCCUGAACCAACUGUUGAUCAAACAAAUUUUUCCAACCUUUUUGACAACACGGGAAAAGAUGUUGGCGAUGCAUGCAAUCCACUGGAUGUCAUCACUGCAGUCUUCCUUUGUGCUGACAGCAUCCUGCAGCAAGAGAUGAUGAUGAAGAUGUCUAUGUGCCAGUUUGCACUGCCUCUCUUACUGCCAGAUUACAGAAGGUUCAUUGUGAAGAAGUGGAGACCUCAGUCACUGGAAGCGAGUAAAGGAUUCAAGGAGGCAACUAUGGCAACCACGCCAAUGCAUGUUAUUUCAUUUAUUCGCCUGAGUGGGUGCAAUACUUCCAAAUCAAAGGUUCUCAAUGAGGUGUUAAGUCACCCUCACCAUCAUCACAAUUUCUUUGUCACUCACAGCAUGGAAUGUGGCGACAUUCCUCGGAAAAUUUCAGACGGAUUGGUGGAGGUCUGCUGGUACCUCCCCUGUGGCACGGGAAAUAUUGAUAUCUUCACAGAACCCGUUCUCAUUGCCAAUUUACGUGGUGAUGCAGGUGUGCUAUACUCUCAGGUCCAUUUCCUGGCUAAGGUAUCCUCAGCCGUCUUUAUAUUUGUCGAUCAGGUUGGUGCUGACGAGUUUGCGUUCUUGGAGUCAGUCGCUGAAUUGCAAACGCAAUACUUCCUCAUCCUCAAUCCACAACCCGACCAGCAGGUUGUGACGAGCAGCUUUCUCCAGAAACUGGCCCCACUAAUGAAGCUGGAACGAAACCACAUCAUCAUGAUGAAUAAGAACGUGAAUGAAUCAACGUUUGUUAAACAAAUCCAUUCGAGCAUCGAGACGGUUUUGAAAGACGUGACAGACCACGUCAGCAUGGAGCAAAUGGCUGAUGUAGCUCGCAAGUUAGCGAUAUUUGUGGAUGAAGAUGAGCCACAGUGCCAACAUGCUAAAGAAGUGGCAGAGACUAUUACUGCUGCUGUGGGAGACAUGCCAAGUCUGGCACAGUAUAAGACGAAAAAUCUACCCUUACAAGGAGAGCUCUGGAAGAAAUUGUCCAAGUUAGGUAAGGAACUUUGUCGCCAGAAGAAGCGUGGAGAUAAGCCUAUCGAAAUGUACAUCACUGAACUCAGAGUUGAACAAACACAUUUGUGGAAGAAACAGCGAGAGUAUGACAUUACAGAGAGCCUUUCUGAGUUUGUCACAGAAAUGGCAAAUAUGAGCCACGAUGAAAGACACUGUUUCCUGAAAUGGAUCAAAUAUCUUCUCGAUGCCACUGCACGAGAAGAGCUUUCUGAAUUACGUGAGGCUUAUAAACAACUGUGUAAAACAUUGCCUGGUGCAACUGAAAAACUUGCUGAACUCGACAAACAAAUAUCAGACAGUUCUCUGGGGCUAGAACAUUUCAAGAGAGAAAUAGGACAGGUUUAUGAAGCUGAGGCAACUCUAAUUAAGGAACAUAUUCUGUCAGAAAAUAGUCGCCAGUACACAUCACUUCCUAGCAUGGCUGCCGAUCUUAUGUUAGAUGGCUUUCCACUUGAACUUCUGGAUGGUGAUGCGUCCAGCAUUUCUGAACAAUGGGUCAGCGCUGUGCUCACAAGUCUUUCAGAGAAACUGGGACCAGAUACUAAAAUAGCUGUUCUGACUGUACUGGGUGUACAGAGUACAGGGAAGUCUACCCUCUUGAACACAAUGUUUGGUUUGCAAUUUGCAGUGAGCAGUGGGAGAUGUACAAGAGGAGCUUUCAUGCAGUUGAUCAAAAUUACAGGAGACCUGAGAAAGGAGACUGGUAGCGACUUUCUGAUGAUUAUUGAUACCGAAGGGUUAAAAGCUCCAGAACUGGCAAAGCUGGAGGACAGCCAUGAACAUGAUAAUGAACUUGCAACGCUGGUCGUUGGAUUGAGUGAUGUUACGUUAGUCAACAUUGCCAUGGAAAACUCUUCCGAAAUGAAGGAUGUCUUGCAGAUAGUGGUGCACGCCUUCCUGAGGAUGAAAGAGGUAGGGCACAAACCAAACUGUCAGUUCAUUCAUCAAAACGUGGGAGAAGUGUCGGCACAUGAUCAGAACAUGAGAGACAGGAAGCAUCUCCUGGAUCAGUUAAAUGAAAUGACAAAGGCAGCAGCAAAGAUGGAGAAGAAAGACCAGGAGUUCACAAAGUUUUCAGAUAUCAUGGAAUACGAUCUUGAAAAGAACAACUGGUACAUUCCAGGUCUCUGGCAUGGUGUUCCUCCCAUGGCAUCAGUAAACACUGGCUACAGCGAAAAUGUGUUCGAGCUUAAGAAAUAUCUGUUUGAUUUACUUAAGCAGUGCAAAGGAAGAAAAGAACCAUUUACAAUUCACCAAUUCACAGAAUGGAUGAAGAGUUUAUGGAAUGCGGUCAAGUAUGAAAAUUUCAUUUUCAGCUUUAGAAACAGCCUAGUUGCAGAUGCUUACAGCCAGCUCAGCUUGACGUAUUCAGAGUGGGAGUGGCAAUUUAGAAAAAUCAUCCAUUCCCAGGUUGAAAAGGCUGAGAAUAAUAUCGGGAAUCAUCCUCUAGAUCAGCUUGAUGAUUUGUACCAGACUCUGAUUCGAGAAACAAGUGAAGCUCUCCAGACGCAAAAAGAAAUGAUUCUCACUCAUCUGGACGAAUAUUUCAACAGCAAAGUAGAGAACAUCCACCUUGUGGAGAAAUUCAAAACUGAUUUCACCUUGAGUGCUGAGAGUUUACAAAAUGAGCUUGAGAUUUACAGUAAGCGCAAAUGUGAGGAUGCAAUUCAGAGGCGCAAAGGCAUGGACAAACUGGUCAACAUACAGGAGUAUCAGGGAAUUAUUCAGAAAAAUGUCUGUGAACUGCUCCAAAGGUGCAAAGAGUUGGAUUCUGUACUCAAUGACAGUAACCUCAAGGAACAGUUUGAAAAGAUGUGGAGAGAUAUAGUCAAGCCACUUCAAGGGAUCUCACUCAAAAAACAGAAUAUUGAAAUACAAUGUGAAAACCAACUGCAACAAAAUCUAUGUCAUCGGGGUAGUGCAGUGUGCCAGAGAUUACGUACAGCUGGGAAACUAUCUGAAAAAGGAAAGGUCUUGUUUAAAGUUACCAAGGAUCAUAUUGAAAGGAACUUUUACCAAAGAUGUAAAGACAUUUUUACAAAUGGAUAUAACAAUGAAGUGCAAAUGUUUGCAGAUAAUUUAAUUAGAAGUGCUGAGCAGUUUGCACAGGAAAAGCUUGAAGCAAAAGUUGACUUUGAUCAAACUUACUGUCAUACAUUGCUGAGACAAACUGAUGAUAAUUUACUCCAUGGGAAAUAUGGCAACUUUCACACGACUAAUACAUUUGAGGUGGAUCUAAAGCUGCAUAUAUGUGGUCGUGUCCUGCCGAUUUUCGAAAAGAUGCACCAAGAUUUCUUCAGAGAGAAUGAUCCACUGACUCGUCUGGAAGAAAUGAAGAUUGCUUACUAUUCCACUUUUAAAGAUAUUUACCACGAGAAAGAUCAAAGUCAGAAAAGGCCUCAGCCAGCCCUUCACAAUGCCAUUGACAAAAAGCUUGGUGUGGAGAUUGUCGAGGAUGUAAAAGCUAGCUGCACAAACCAUGAAAUGAGCAGCACAGCUUAUCUCCAAGCUGCGAUUCUACUGGACUUGCUGGAAGAGCACUGUGUGGAAAAUUACACACAAUACAUUGAAGACUAUAAGCAUUUUGCAAGACCGUGGAUCAGGAAAAGAAUAAUAAAGAAUUACAGAGAAGUAACUAAAAUUAUGGAGAUCGUCACAAAAAUAAUCCGAGCACUUAUACGAAAGACAAAAGAUGCCAUAAAACAAGCAAUGGUGACAGAGAAGGAGUGCGUGUCAGAAUUUUUAACAGAAUUUUGUGAUAUUUUGAAGAAUGAUUUUGUGAUUAACAAGGGGAGUUUGGAAAUUGUACUCUUUCAGAAUGCUAACACAGCUAGCGACUUUGCAGCUGAUCUUACUGUGGCCCUGGAUGAUGUCGAGCAGAAACUCAUAUCAGACUUUCAUAAGAAUUGCGACAUCGAAGAAAUUCUGCCACGUCUGCCAAUGCAGCCGGAUGAAGAGAUCUUCCGUGAAGUUCUUGGCUGCGGGAAGAUGUGCCCGUUCUGCGGAGUGCCGUGUGAACGAGGAGGCUCGGGACACAAGGAGCAUUUUGCUGCAAUACAUCGGCCUAAGGGACUAAAUAGUUUUCGCUAUAUUACCAACGAAAAGCUUGUGGCGACAGUGUGUAAUUCUGCAGUAGCAUCCGAUGCUUUAUUCCGCUGUGCAGCAACACAAUAUGUAUUCCAUCCAUACAAAGACUACCGCAGCGUAAAUAAUUAUUUCGCUUCCUGGAAUAUUCCACCUGACACAAGUAUCCAAGCAUCAGCCUACUGGAAAUACGUCCUGUCUACUUUUAAUACAGAGUUUGCAGAAGCUUACAAGGCCAAAAAAGCUGACAUUGCUGUAGACUGGAAAAAUAUAAAAAAGGAAACUGUAAGGGCAGAAAUUGAGAAAACAUACAAUACGUUUAGGGUAAAAGAACUGAAAUGAUUACAAAUACAGGGUGAUCAGACGUCCACUUUUAAUACCAUUAAAAGCAUUAACUCCAGUUUUACAUGAGGACUCUCAUCAUUACUCAAGACUAAAUGAGUUAAUGAAGUACAAAAUCAGGAAGCAAAGAAUUUCAGAAAUUGCAUGAAGAAUGCCAGUGAACUGAAUUGUCUAGUCUCCUACAAGAGAGAUAGUUGCCGAUCUAGGGAGGUAUAAUGUACUGGUCAAUGUUGCCUUAGUGGCUAUAGUUUGCUUUAAAUAUAUUUCUUAGAUUGUAGUUGAAGUAGUCGGACUAGAAACAAUGAUUAAAUUAGGAUAGGUUGCAGUAAGUGGAAAGAAUCAAUUGUCAUAUUUCUGAACUCUUAUUGUAUCAUCCUACAACACGUGAACAUAUUCAAUAAAGUUUGUUAUGCAUUAAUCUGUGUCUUGAUUAGCUCCUCUUUCUGAGAUAACAACGUGUAGAGCUGGAUGAACACAGCACGCCAAGCACAUCAGAGGAGCAGGAAGACUGAUGUUUCGGGCCUAGACCCUUCUUCAUAAAUGCUUUUCUGAAGAAGGGUCUAGGCCUGAAACGUCAGCCUUCCUGCUCCUCUGAUGCUGCUUGGCCUGCUGCGUUCAUCCAGCCCUACACCUUGUUAUCUCAGAUUCUCCAGCAUCUGCAGUUCCCACUAUCUCUCUAGCUUCUCUUUCUGUCCUGUUUUGCUUAAUGCAUUCCUUCUGUUACGAAAAUAACUCACAGCUACAACUUAGCUACAAUUGUUGGGAUGCUGUGGACAAGCCUGUCCAUCCCUAAUUGCCCUCAAAGUGGUGGCAGUCGGAUUACUGAGUGUGAGGUACAGAGAAGAGUUACGAAGAUGCUGCCAGAAAUGAAGAAUUUAUUUGAGGUAAGACUGGAUGAACACAAGAAGGAUUCUUACCUACAUAGAAACAAUAUAUAACCAUUACAUACUGUGUUAAAGUUGACACAUUAAAUAUGAACAUAAAAACAAUUCCCUGAUUGAAAUCCACAAUUAAAUUGCUGGAUAGUUUUAACCAUAUCCUUGCUUUUAUGCACUUGUUUUCUUUGGACAGAGGAGGCUGAGAGAAGAUUUAAUUGAGGUGUAUAAUAUCAUUUAGAUUUAUUUAAUAUUGUCACGCUUACCUACAGUGGAAAGUGUUGUUUCGCAAGUUAUUCGCAAGGUGUCACCACUCUCCAGCGCCAUCUCGGAUCUGUUUGCAUUGCAUGCUUUUACUGCAAUAGCUGUGGUAUUUUUUGGUUCAGCAGUUCAUCUUCUUCUCAGUUGGCUUUCCUUCUUCUUUCUCUUUCUCCGCUGCUCCUCCAGUCACUGCUACUUAACAUCGGCUGGGAUCUUGGUAACGGGCUUCUCCACCAUAUCCGAGCGGAAGAAGGCCAUAGGCCUGAGGCCGCGCGAGUCUCCUACCUCUUGUUCCAUCUCUGAUGCUCCUCUGGGUGCUGAUGCUGGAUAUCGGCUGCUGGGGUCCUGGUUCCGGGCACAUCCUCUGCCUCUGCUCGUGUGGCAUGUCCAAGCUAGAAUGGGCCAUGGGCCUGCUGCUACACAGGGCCCUGCCUCUUGCAGAAGGAUGUGACCCAAGGCAAUCAAAGAGGGGAGAACAGUGGAGAAUGGGAGAUAAAGGGAGACAGACAUAAUAGAAAAGGGCCUACUUCCCUUAGCAGACCUGUCAAGAAUCUGGAGGUGUAGCAAUUUGUUGGAUUGGAGAGGAGUUGAGUAGAUAUUUACCCAGAAAACAGUGUGGAUUUGGAACUCUCCAUCUAAAAGUUCUGUAGUGAAGCAUAAAUUCACAUUGCAUUUAAAAUAAAAUCUUUUUGGAUGCACACUUGAAGUGCUAUAAGCUACACGGCUAUGGAGACAGGGCUAGUAAGAGAAAUUAGGCUGGAUGGUCCACCUUGGUUGGCACAGAUGAUGGGCCAAAUGGGAUCACUCUGCUCAGUAAAACUUUUGUUUGUGCCAGUCUUCUUGAAAUGUUGCAGCCCAAGUCACGAAGGUAUUCUAGCUACUGCUGAGUUUUGGCGAGUUGCCUGAAGUGCAUCUUGUAGAUGGUAUACACAUAUUGCAGUGGUGGUGGAGGACGUAGACGCUUUAAUGAGUGUUAAUCAGCAGGCUGCUGGUGCUGAUAAGAGAGCUUGUACGGAAGUUAGGGAGGGGAUAGGUCAGUCCAGGCAGGACGGACAGGUCAAGGGGGCGGGAUGAGGUUGGUGGGUAGGAGAUGGGGGUGGGGCUUGAGGUGGGAGGAGGGGAUAGGUGGGAGGAAGAACAGGUUAGGGAGGCGGGGACAAGCUGGACUGGUUUUGGGAUGCGGUGGGGGGAGGGGAGAUUUUGAAACUUGUGAAAUCUACAUUGAUACCAUUGGGCUGCAGGGUUCCCAAGCGGAAUAUGAGGUGCUGUUCCUGCAACCUUCGGGUGAGAUGUAGGUAUCAGCGGGCUACGCUUUUCGAGGCGUUCUUCCUCGGCUUUGCGCAGCCCCAGGGUGCUGCAGUGUGUUUCUUGCGGCUGGCUUUGAACGGGGUUUUGAUGCGGCCCCGUUGGUGGGCAUUUUGGGAACGAUUGCUAUUGUAGUUGAGUGCCCUAUCCGUGCGGGUGACCUUCCUGUGUCCGUUGGCCUGGAGUUCACCGUCGGCCUUACGGUCGACCACUGUGUCCGGGAAGGGAGGUCUGUUGUUGUUCUCCUCCUCCUUGGUGAAUUUUAUGCCGGUGAGGAUGUUAUUUAUGGGUUUUCCUCCAGUUUAGAGCGUUUAAUAAUGACAAAGCUGUCAUCCACAUAGUGGACCCAUGGUUUUGGCUGGUCGUCCGUUCCACUCGACGCCUUACGGCUUCCGCUAUUCACCCUGAUACCGGUGAUCCCAUGGGUUAUUCCGUUGAUUUGUCCGUGUACCUUGCCGAGGAGCAAAUUACUUCAUGACGGCAAAAUUAAUCGACAGAAAUAAAUAUAAAUGAGUCUCAUGUAAGAGACUGAGGGAACUCAAGCCGACCACAUCAGGAGAGCGGGG